AUGGAACCUACCACCGCCACCACCGUGAACGGUAACAUUCAACGAACCCCGCCACCCUCCCCUCCUGCGAGUAUAGAUACGGAUGCGAAAAUGGCGAUAUAUACGAGCACUUCUACCUUAUUCUCUCCGCUGAAACGCAAGCGAGAGAGUCUCCCGCCGCCUCCGCUGCAGGCUGGGUGGCUAGAAGAAGGAGAAGGAGUGGGAGGAGGAAGAGGAAGGGAGCCUGAAGGCUCCCUCCAUUCUGGAAGGCUUGCUCGGCAGCUGGAGGGGUUGUCGCUUGGCCGGGUAAAGUUCCCGUUUGGUGCUGAGAUGGCUUGUGGGGAUGGGGCGGUUGUUGAUGGGGAUGACCGGGAUGAAGGGGGAGAGGAAGAGGAAGAAGCUGGGGAUGAACAGGUUGUUGGAAAACGCACAAGACUGGUAUCGCCGCCGUUAACGCUGGGGAGAGGAGGCGGGUGUGGGAGUAGUAGUGAUGAGGAGGCUGGGAAUGCUCCUGCCCCACAUUCGAUGCAGGGACGCCGGGAGGGAGCAGCAGAAGGAGGGGAGGAGGAGGAGGAGGAGGAGGAGGAGGACAGUGAUUGGGGAUUGAGUGGGGUUGGGGUUAAGCCUUCUGCUAGACAGAGUUAUAUCAGGGCUCAGAAGAAGUUGCAGCAGGUAUGAUAUUCCAUUCUGCCUAUGCUCCGGGAUUGAAGGAGUGGCUUGGAGCUAAUUGUUGAACGGCAGAUUCGAGAAUAUAAAACCCGUGUGUCUAAGGAAGCACGGGAGAAACGGAGUUGGGAAAGGAGGAGGAGGAAGAGCUUCACGAAUACUAAUAGUGGUUCUGCGACCGUGGCUGCGGUGACGAAGGGCCUUGCGCACAGAUCCGAAGGGGAGGAGGACGAAGAGGGUUGCCGCAGACGGAGGAAAAGAGUGCAUUUUGAUAUUUAGUCUUGCUGGUGCUGAUAGGCUUGUUGUGCGGGGAUUGUAAAUGCGGUUUGGGUAGCUGGAUGGCGUAUCUUUGGGUUUCGGUUUUUCUUUCUUUUCUCCUUUCUUUGCUUUUGUCGCUGACCGGAUUGGAGUAUAUGUUCAUAUAUUGGGUUGCUGGAGUAGGGCUGUAUAUUUCGGGACUGGCAUGGGGUUAAAGAUGAUGGAUUUGGCUUUUUCUGCUUUUUUCUUUUUUCUAGCUUCUUCUCAUAGGUGUAUGGCUAUGGUAAUGGGUGUUUUAGAGUUUGGGGGAUGGGGGUUUAUAUUAACGAUUUGGCUUG